AUGGAUAAGAAGGAAGAGAUUCGACUGGAAUCCGAUCAACUCUUGGAAUGGCUGCAGAGGAACGGAGGACAAGCCGAGUCCAUCGCAAUCCGGCAGUUCGAUCACGGAGGAGAGAAAGUGAGAGGGGUCGGGGCGUCUAGCUCGAUCCGCAGGGGACAAGAGCUUCUGCGGGUUCCAAGAAGCUUGUUCCUAGCGCCGGGCAAGAAGGCAGGUCUUGAACAGCAGGAGGUAACCCUUGCUGCAGAGAUUGCGAAGCAGUUCCAACUAGGCAGUGACGGUCAGUAUGAGAGAUACUUGCAGGCACUUCCCGGAAGAGAAGAACUUGAUGGUCUGCAUCCUUUCUAUGCCUCGAACGAGGACUUGGUGUUGUUCAGUGACAUACCGUACGUGAGUGCCAUAAGGAAGAAGAGGACGGUUCUGCGAGACGCAUGGCUCAAGCACAAGAAUGGAGAUUCUGCAUCAUCUUCGUUCGACUGGGAGGGAGAUUUUGAUUGGCCCGAAUUCUUGCAUGCUUUCAUCCUUCAGCUUUCUAGGAGAAUGAGGAUUGUUCUGCCUGCUGAGAAAGGUGGCACCAGCGAAGAAACGAUUGCGCUGGUGCCGAUCAUCGACAUGAUCAAUUUCUGUGGAUCAAAAGAAGCAGCGAAUGUAGAGCUGAAGCUGGUGGAUGAUGGAGACGCUCUUGUCGUCGUGUCCAAGAGGAGUAUCAACGAGGGGGAAGAACUUCUGUUGUAUGCUGCGGCAGCAGAGCAGAAGAAGAAAGAGAACGGGGCUCUUGUAUACCAGUAUGGUGUGAUGAUGGGUGACAACGACGUGCCCAGUCAGCAGCUGGAGAAAGAUGUUUGUGAGAGUCUCGAAUCGGCCAUCCAUGAGAUCCAUGGAAGGAAGGAUCAGAAACACAAGAUAAGGAUGCUUUUUUCAGCGCUGGUGUAUGAAUGCUGCCAAGACACUCAUAGCGUAAGGGAUCCCUCAAUUCUCAGUGCAAAGCCGAUUCGGACAUCGGGGAGUUGA